GCCCACUCUUCUUCUCUCAUUUCUUUAUCUGUAAUUGUAUCCUCACAUUCAUGGCUUGAUCCUCCCUCCUUCCUCUCUUUUUAUUCGUUUUUCCAAAACCCAGGCUUCCUUUAUCUUCUUCUUCGAUCAGGAUUCAUACUUAUCUGUAAUUCAUUCAGUGUGGAGGAAUUGUGAAUUUUCCCAUUAGGUUUUGAGAGAAUUCAGGGUUACAUAGAAAAAUGGCGGAAAAUCCUAUGUCGGGAGAAGGUAUGGGUUCCUCUGUUCUGACUUCAUCAGGGGAGGAAGGAUAUGAAUUGGACAAAAAGGGUAUUCAGAACAUCACACUUUUGGAGGAAACAAACAGCUUCGUUCUUGAUAUGGAACCAUUCUAUCAACUUACCGAUAAAGAUAUGUCUACAAAUUCAAGAAUCACAUUGCAGAGAAAUCUUUCAAGAAAAUGGCAAGGGAGAUCAGUUGGGGAGAUGAAGACCAAUUCAACUGCAACUAACGAAAAGGACAACCCAUCUUCGCCAAGAGGUGGUGUAAGCACGCUAGGAAAGCCAAAUCCAAUGGGGACCACAGAGCAUCAUCAUCAACAUCAUCAGAUCACCAUUGUUACCGGAAAAAUUGGCAGCAGCAGCCCCACCACUGCAGAAAGCAGAUUAGUUGGCCGGAGAUCAAGUUUUAAGCGUUCUUGGAUCAUUGAUCCAAGGAGAAUUCUUCUCUUCUUUGCAUCCUUGUCAAGUAUGGGAUCUAUAUUGCUGAUCUACUUCACCCUUUCAAUGGGGAAGCUUAGUGGAGAGGAUAGCUUGAAGAAUUGGUAAUGGAGGAGAGAGAUGAACUAGAGAGAGAGAGAGAGAGAGAGAGAGAGAGAGAGUAUGUUGAGUAUGCAGAAAAAGAUAGAAAGUUUAGAAAAAUAUUUGAUCUCCAUGUUUGUAUUUCUAGCAUCAACAGAGCAUAUAUAGAGCACUUACAAUGACAAAUAUUCUGAGGAAUCUUUUGGUUUAAAUGAAUUGAUUUUUUUUUUUUUUUGUCU